AUGCAUGAGCCUGUCUUGGCUAAAUUUAGAGAACAUAAGACAUUUGCUAAAAAAUUGACUAGAGCACUUGGUAGAGGUGAAGUUAGUUCUGCUAAAAAAUUAGAAGAAAAUAGAAGUGUUUAUAAAUUGGAUCAUAUUAUUAAGGAAAGAUAUCCAAGUUUCCCUGAUGCUAUCAGAGAUAUUGAUGAUGCUUUGAAUAUGUUAUUUUUGUUUGCUAAUUUACCUGCUACUAAUCAAAUCUCAGCUAGAGUUACUAAAGAUGCUCAAACUAUUUGUAAUCAAUGGUUAGCUUUUGUAACAAAGGAAAGAUUAGUUAGGAAAGUUUUCGUGUCCAUUAAGGGGGUUUAUUACCAAGCUAAUGUUAUGGGUGAAGAUGUAAGAUGGUUGGUUCCAUAUAAGUUCCCGGAAAAUAUUCCAAGUGAUAUUGAUUUUAGAAUUAUGUUGACGUUUUUGGAAUUUUAUUCUACACUGUUACAUUUUGUAUUGUUUAAAUUGUAUACUGAUCGUGGAUUGGUUUAUCCACCAAAAUUGGAUUCCAAUAAAGAUAAGAUAAUAAGUGGAUUAUCUUCUUACAUUUUAGAAUCUCGAAUGGAAAAGAAUGCCAUUACUAGUGUUCCAGCUGCGAAGGAAAAUUCUGAGAAUGAUAAAGUUCAAACAUUAGAUUCCAAGACAUUAAAAUUAGCUAUGAAGGCAGAUGAUGCUAAGGUGGAAGAAGAAAUUAAAGAUAAAAUUGAACAAGCUGAUAAUUCUAAGGAUGAGACCGUAGAAAAUGUCAACUUGGACGAAUUUGAAGAUGUCAAUAAAAAUAAAGGUGAUAUCUUAAUACAACCAACUGAAUUUAAUUCUCCAGUGGCUACAUUGUUUUCCAAUUUUGUCUUUUAUAUUGGUAGAGAAGUUCCAAUUGACAUCCUUGAAUUCUUAAUACUUUCAUGUGGUGGGAAUAUCAUUAGUGAAGCCGCAUUAGAUCAAUUAGACAACGAAAAAAAUGAUAUCGAUCUUUCUAAAGUGACACAUCAAAUCGUGGAUAGACCAGUUUUGAAAAAUAAGAUUGCUGGAAGGACGUAUAUUCAACCACAGUGGAUUUUUGACUCCAUUAAUAAAAAUGAAUUGGUUCCAGCUAAUUUGUAUCUACCUGGUGAAACUUUACCACCACAUUUAAGUCCAUGGUCUGACGCUUUGGGUUACGAUCCAGAAGCUAAGGAAGAAGGUACUGAAGAAGAAGAAGAAGAAAGUGAAAGUGAAAGUGCAAGCGAAAGUGAAGCUGAAGUCGAAGAUGAAGAUGAGGAAGCAGCCGCUAUUAUUGCUAAUGAAGACGAUGAAGACGACAAUGAUGAUGAAUUGAAGGCCCAAAAAGAACUUGAAUUGGAAGCCAAAGGUAUCACUUAUACAGAAGCCACAGAGAAUGGUGAAGAAAUACUUGACGCAUCUAAGGAUAAGAAGAAAUCCAAAAAGAGAAAGAUUAGUGAAGAAGAAGAAGAGAAGAAUUUGAAGAUGAUUAUGAUGAGUAAUAAACAAAGAAAAUUAUACAAGAAGAUGCAAUACUCUAAUAAGCAAAAAGAAGAUAAGAUUGAAAACUUGAAAAAGAAGAAGAAACAAAUCAACAAGACAAAAGCUAAAUUACAAAAAUUAAACAAAAAAUAA